UGAACGGUGCAGGUAUACCCUGCGUGGCCACAAGGAUUCAGUAAACAGCAUUGAGUUCUUUCCUUACUCCAAUAUUAUCCUCACCAGCUCUGCAGACAAGACUUUGUCUCUGUGGGAUGCCAGAACGGGCGACACAAUUGUUUCCUGUGAUUCUUAUGGUGUACUGAAACUGUGGGAUAUUCGGAGGGGAGUCCCAAUGAUCUCCAUUGAUGCUGGUCCACAUCCUGGCAACCAGGUGGCUUUUGAUCCUUCCGGUCAUAUUGUGGCUGUUGCAAGCAAUGAUGGAACCGUGAAGACUUUGGAACUCAAAUCGGGACAUCUUUCCAGCUUAGUGGGCCAUGAAGAUAAAGUUCAGAGUGUAAUAUUUGAUCAUAUGGCAGAACAUCUAAUUUCAGGUGGUUCUGAUGGCACUAUUCGUAUUUGGAAUUGAGACGGCUGUUUAGAAAAAUCUCCUAGCCCUGGAGGUGGCCUAAUCUGAAAGAAACAUCUGAAAGAAACAAUUAGAUACUACAUUAAGUAAAAUCUCUAUAUUUUACUUAAAUAGAAACAAUAUUCCAAACUUUUAUUUUUCUUGUAUCUUUCGUCAUGGCUUUAAAUAUGUAUUCAAAUAUAUACAAUUUCCCAUUUUCCUGGAGAAAUACCGGUAGCUCUAUAUUGACAUCUAGUGACAGAAAACAUGAACUGCAGAGAACCCCCUACCCCACCCCUUUUCAAGUUAUUAUAGUAAAAGCUACAACUGACUGUCUCGUUUUGUGAAAAUAAUAAAAUGUUUAGUU